AUGAUUUCUAGCCAUAGAACUCAUGAUGGAUUGUUAAACAAUUCAAUUAUUGGUCCAUUUAAUUAAUUAGCAUCAAAUAACAUAGAUAACUAUGUUAAAAGAUAAUCUUCUAAUGAAUCUAGUUUAUCAGAGGAACCUGAAAAAAUAGAAAAAUAGGUUAAAUGAUUUAAAUAUUAUAGUAAAACUAGUAUAAUGUGUAAUAAAAAAGCUAUAAUUCACCAAGAUAACUAUAAUUACCUAAUUUAGAAAAUAUUUAAUGCAAGCCCAAAGAUUAGAAAAUAAUUAAUAUGUCAGUAAACCUAUUGAAAACAAUGAAAAAAUCAUAAAAUGUUGAAAGAUUCAAAAGUAAUUUAUUUUCAAGUGCUUAUAUACUAAAAAAUAGUUAGAAAUAAUUAUAAAUAUUUCAAGAUGAUUGUUUACUUAAAAGAAAAGAGGAUUGCAAGCAAUAAAUUUAAAAAUAGAAAGGUUUAUCUAUUUUAUGUAUUUGUAAAGCUAUAUCUAAUUAUAUAAACAUUAGAAUUUUAUAAAAUAAUUAUGAAGAGUGUCUUAAAUGGUUUAACAACUUUUAAAAAAAAUUUUAAUUAUUAUUUACAAUUUGGGAGGUUUACUCAUUUUUUUCUCAAUUAUUAUAAUUAUGGUAUUGUCCAUUCAUAAUAUCAUUUGGUCGUUAUGAUCAUUUUUUAAAAGGAAUUGAAAUUUCCUUUAUAAUCUCAAUUUUAGUUGAUACUUUAAUUACAAAUUUAAUUUAAUUGUCUCAGACAAAAGAUUAGAUAUCAAUUGAUCCUAAUAUCAAUUAUUAAAAUAAAUCUUUUUUAAAUGUCAUCAUUUAAGGUUUAUUAUGGAUUUUAGUAUAUUUGGAAUUAUUUUAAAUACCUUUUGCUAGAGAAAUUAUAGGUAUAUUAUUAAUAAUAAUAAUUUGUAAAUCCAUACAUGCUAAAUAUGAAUCUUAAUUAGAAUAAUUAUACUUAAAAGGAAUAAAUUUGAAUCUACUAGAUUUAAUAUCUCUAUUUGUUACACUAGCUUAUUUUGUUCAUUUUAUUGCAUGCUUUUGGCAUUAUAUUGGAGAUAUUACUCAUCAUAUUUAUGGAUCAUGGCUAGAAUAAGAGGAAAUAAUAGGUUAAAAUAUUUGGGUUAAAUAUAAUUAUUCAUUUUAUUGGUCAACCACUACUGUUGCAACAGUAGGAUAUGGUGAUAUUACACCUAAAAAUUAAAUUGAAAUUAUAUUUUCAAUUAUUGUUAUGUUACUAUCUAGUUGCAUGUUUGCUUAUUCGAUUAAUGAAAUAGGAAUGACAGUUAAAAGUAUAAAUGAAUAAAAAACAAAAUAUAAGUAUAUAAAAUCCAUAUAUAUUAAGAAGGAAUCUAAUAUUGCUAAAUUCUUAUAUGGAAAAACAAUUUGUAGAUUAAUCCCUAUAACAUAGGGUUAGAAAUUAUUUUAAAUAUAAUAAAGAAAAAGAAGCUUAGGAUAAUAAUAUAGAAACAUCAACUAUAUUAAAAGAAUUACCUAUUAGUUUAUAAAAUGAAUUAAAUUUAAAUAUAAGAAAUAAAAUAUCAAAGAAAAUCUAGAUUUUUUAAAAUAACUUCUCUGAUAUUUCAAAUGGAUUUAUAUCUAAGUAAUUAAUUUAAAUGAAAGUCACUCCUAAAGAUAUUAUAUAUCAUCGAAAUGAUAGAUCUGAUAAAUAUUUGUAAUUAAUUAUUGUAAAAUAUUAGGUAUUACAUUGUUGAAGGAGAAGUAAAUAUUGUAGAAGAAAAGAGUUAAAAAAUUGUAAAGAUUUUGAAACCCGGAGAUACUUUUGGAGAAUUUUAAUUUUUUACUGGAUAAAAUACUAUUGAAUCAGCCAUAAGUAAUUCAUUUACUGAAUUAUUUAAAAUUGAUAGAGAUUCUGUUCUAAAAAUAAUACAAUAAAAUUUUAGAGAUUUUUAAAGAUUUCAUAAAAUAAAAGAUACCUUAUUAUUCAGAUAAGAUUAUACACUUUUAAAACAAAAUUGUUAAAUAUGUAAUUAAAAAAAUCACCCAUCAAUCAAGUGUCCACUUAUACAAUACAAUCCUAAUUCUUAUAUGAAAAUUCUAAAAAAUAAUUAUAGUCUCAAAAAUAAUCGAUCUUAUUUUUAAAGAAAGAUAUAUAAAUUUCAUACUUUAUUAGAGAAUGAUGAAGUUUAAAAUGCAGCUUUAGAAUUCUAAGAUGAUAAAGACUUUACAUAAUUAUAUGCUCAAUCAGAGAUAGGAAGUAUUAAAGAAAAAAAUUCUGAAAACAAUUCAGUUAAGUUUGAAGAUGAUCAAAUGCAUUAUCAAUUAUUAAAAUCAAAUUUAUCAAUAAAAAAACAUAUGAAAAAUUCAUAAGUUCGGAGUUCAUAAAGUUAAGCUUAAUCCACCACAUAAAUAAACUCAAAAAAGCACUCAAUUAUUUAAAAUUAACGUAAAUCUAUUUAUAAAGCCUAAUAAAACUCAGAAAAAUAUUUAUAAUUAUAAUUACUUAGAGAAAGUUACUUUUCUUAUACUUUAGAUGAUAUAGAUAAAGUUUAAAAUUACACUGAAUAUUUUCCACAUAAUAAUGUCUAAUUCAUUAUAAAAUAACUAAUUCUUAAAUAACUUAAUUAAAAUUUUCCUUAGAAAGCAUCAAAAAUUAGAAAAGGAAGAUCAUAUUGUAAUUAAUGA